AUCAGGGAGGAAACCGAGAGGGAGAGCGAGAGCGCGCGAGCGCCGGCGGGCUCGCCGAGGUCUGUUUCCAAAGUCGCCCUUGAUGGCGGCGGAGGCAAGGCGGCCGCGGCGCGGAGCAACCGACGCGCGCUAGUGGGUCCGCCCGCCACCGCCCCUUCUCCGUCGCCCGCUCCCGCCCUCGCCGUCCUCCGCGCGGCUCCGCGCUUCGGGCCCCGGGCGCAGCCGGCCCUCCAGACGCCCGCGGUCCCGGCGGCGUGUGCUACUCUUCCUCCGCCCGCGGUUUCCAGCGCCGCUCCUUCCCCCGCUUGGGCAGGGAGGGGGCAUUGAUCUUCGAUCGCGAAGAUGGCUGCUGGCUGCCUGCUGGCCUUGACUCUGACACUUUUCCAAUCUUUGCUCAUCGGCCCCUCGUCGGAGGAGCCGUUCCCUUCGGCCGUCACUAUCAAAUCGUGGGUGGAUAAGAUGCAAGAAGACCUUGUCACACUGGCAAAAACAGCAAGUGGAGUCAAUCAGCUUGUUGAUAUUUAUGAGAAAUAUCAAGAUUUGUAUACUGUGGAACCAAAUAAUGCACGCCAGCUGGUAGAAAUUGCAGCCAGGGAUAUUGAGAAACUUCUAAGCAACAGAUCUAAAGCCCUGGUGCGCCUGGCAUUGGAAGCAGAGAAAGUUCAAGCAGCUCACCAGUGGAGGGAAGAUUUUGCAAGCAAUGAAGUUGUCUACUACAAUGCAAAGGAUGAUCUCGAUCCUGAGAAAAAUGACAGUGAGCCAGGCAGCCAGAGGAUAAAACCCGUUUUCAUUGAAGAUGCUAAUUUUGGACGACAAAUAUCUUAUCAGCAUGCAGCAGUCCAUAUUCCUACUGACAUCUAUGAGGGCUCAACAAUUGUGUUAAAUGAACUCAACUGGACAAGUGCCUUAGAUGAAGUUUUCAAAAAAAAUCGAGAGGAAGACCCUUCACUGUUGUGGCAGGUUUUUGGCAGUGCCACUGGCCUGGCUCGAUAUUAUCCAGCUUCACCAUGGGUUGAUAAUAGUAGAACUCCAAACAAGAUUGACCUUUAUGAUGUACGCAGAAGACCAUGGUACAUCCAAGGAGCUGCAUCUCCUAAAGACAUGCUUAUUCUUGUGGAUGUGAGUGGAAGUGUUAGUGGAUUGACACUUAAACUGAUCCGAACAUCUGUCUCCGAAAUGUUAGAAACCCUCUCAGAUGAUGAUUUCGUGAAUGUAGCUUCAUUUAACAGCAAUGCUCAGGAUGUAAGCUGUUUUCAGCACCUUGUCCAAGCAAAUGUAAGAAAUAAGAAAGUAUUGAAAGAUGCGGUGAAUAAUAUCACAGCCAAAGGAAUUACAGAUUAUAAGAAGGGCUUUAGUUUUGCUUUUGAACAGCUACUUAAUUAUAAUGUUUCCAGAGCAAACUGCAAUAAGAUUAUUAUGCUGUUCACGGAUGGAGGAGAAGAGAGAGCCCAGGAGAUAUUUACCAAAUACAAUAAAGAUAAAAAAGUACGUGUAUUCACGUUUUCAGUUGGUCAACACAAUUAUGACAGAGGACCUAUUCAGUGGAUGGCCUGUGAAAACAAAGGUUAUUAUUAUGAAAUUCCUUCCAUUGGUGCAAUAAGAAUCAAUACUCAGGAAUAUUUGGAUGUUUUGGGAAGACCAAUGGUUUUAGCAGGAGACAAAGCUAAGCAAGUCCAAUGGACAAAUGUGUACCUGGAUGCAUUGGAACUGGGACUUGUCAUUACUGGAACUCUUCCGGUCUUCAACAUAACCGGCCAAUUUGAAAAUAAGACAAACUUAAAGAACCAGCUGAUUCUUGGUGUGAUGGGGGUAGAUGUGUCUUUGGAAGAUAUUAAAAGACUGACACCACGUUUUACACUAUGCCCCAAUGGGUAUUACUUUGCAAUCGAUCCUAAUGGUUAUGUUUUAUUACAUCCAAAUCUUCAGCCAAAGCCUAUUGGUGUAGGUAUACCAACAGUUAAUUUAAGAAAAAGGAGACCCAAUGUCCAGAAUCCCAAAUCUCAGGAGCCUGUAACAUUGGAUUUCCUUGAUGCAGAGUUAGAGAAUGAUAUUAAAGUGGAGAUUCGAAAUAAGAUGAUUGAUGGGGAAAGUGGAGAAAAAACAUUCAGAACUCUGGUUAAAUCUCAAGAUGAGAGAUAUAUUGACAAAGGAAACAGGACAUACACAUGGACACCUGUCAAUGGCACAGAUUACAGUUUGGCCUUGGUAUUACCAACCUACAGUUUUUACUAUAUAAAAGCCAAACUAGAAGAGACAAUAACUCAGGCCAGAUCAAAAAAGGGCAAAAUGAAGGAUUCAGAAACCCUGAAGCCAGAUCAUUUUGAAGAAUCUGGCUAUACAUUCAUAGCACCAAGUUCUGUGUUAGGUAACACAGAUUUGAUUAAUAGAGUCUUGCUUGAUGCAGGCUUUACAAAUGAACUUGUCCAAAAUUACUGGAGUAAGCAGAAAAAUAUCAAGGGAGUGAAAGCACGAUUUGUUGUGACUGAUGGUGGGAUUACCAGAGUUUAUCCCAAAGAGGCUGGAGAAAAUUGGCAAGAAAACCCAGAGACAUAUGAGGACAGCUUCUAUAAAAGGAGCCUAGAUAAUGAUAACUAUGUUUUCACUGCUCCCUACUUUAACAAAAGUGGACCUGGUGCCUAUGAAUCGGGCAUUAUGGUAAGCAAAGCUGUAGAAAUAUAUAUUCAAGGGAAACUUCUUAAACCUGCAGUUGUUGGAAUUAAAAUCGAUGUAAAUUCCUGGAUAGAGAAUUUCACCAAAACCUCAAUCAGAGAUCCGUGUGCUGGUCCAGUUUGUGACUGCAAAAGAAACAGUGAUGUGAUGGAUUGUGUAAUUCUGGAUGACGGAGGGUUUCUUUUGAUGGCAAAUCAUGAUGAUUAUACUAAUCAGAUUGGAAGAUUUUUUGGAGAGAUUGAUCCCAGCUUGAUGAGACACCUGGUUAAUAUAUCAGUUUAUGCUUUUAACAAAUCUUAUGAUUAUCAGUCAGUAUGCGAGCCUGGUGCUGCACCAAAACAAGGAGCAGGACAUCGCUCAGCAUAUGUGCCAUCAAUAGCAGACAUAUUACAAAUUGGCUGGUGGGCCACUGCUGCUGCCUGGUCUAUUCUACAGCAGUUUCUCUUGAGUUUGACCUUUCCACGACUCCUUGAGGCAGUUGAGAUGGAGGAUGAUGACUUUACAGCCUCCCUGUCAAAGCAGAGCUGCAUUACUGAACAAACCCAGUAUUUCUUCGAUAACGAUAGUAAAUCAUUCAGUGGUGUAUUAGACUGUGGAAACUGUUCCAGAAUCUUUCAUGGCGAAAAGCUUAUGAACACCAACUUAAUAUUCAUAAUGGUUGAGAGCAAAGGGACAUGUCCCUGUGACACACGACUGCUCAUACAAGCAGAACAGACUUCUGAUGGUCCAAAUCCUUGUGACAUGGUUAAGCAACCCAGAUACCGAAAAGGGCCUGAUGUCUGCUUUGAUAACAAUGUCUUGGAAGAUUAUACUGACUGUGGUGGUGUUUCUGGAUUAAAUCCCUCCCUGUGGUAUAUCUUCGGAAUCCAGUUUCUACUACUUUGGCUGGUAUCUGGCAGCAGACACCGCCUGUUGUGACCUUCUGAAACCAAAUCUGCAUAAUUAAACUCCAGACCCUGCCAGAACAUGAGCCCUCAAUUACAUUAAAGUAGGGUCAGCUAUAAAAUCAGACAGAUAUUACCUGGGCCUAUACCAUGGCAUAACACUAAAGCGCAGACUCCUAAGGCACCCACUGGCUGCAUGUCAGGGUGUCAGAUCCUUAAACGUGUGUGAAUGCUGCAUCAUCUAUGUAUAACAUCAAAGCAAAAUCCUAUACGUGUCCUCUAUUGGAAAAUUUGGGAGUUUGUUGUUGCAUUGUUGGUGAUUACAUGUGAAAGGGUUCCCCAUACAAUUGUUUAUGAAUCAUAAGAAAUGUCUUGAUAUUGACCUGGAAUUUUGACUUGUUGCAGUUUUACUAAGAAAAUCUCUAAGGGGAAAGAAAUUAUUUUUGCCUUCACUUAUUCUUCUGUUAAAACUUAAUUCCUGCUUUGAGUAUAAAUUACUGAAAUGUAUAGAGAAAGAAUUAACAUUGGUCUAAAUUGUUGAAACACAAAUAAUGGCUAAUUUUCUAUGAAAAAUUUGCCAUGAAUCAAAUGCCUUAUGAAGAAUGGCUUCUUUGCCAAAAAUAAAACACAAUUGAUGACCAAUUAAAUUUUGAUGGAGUAAUGAACUGAUGGUUUGAAAAUAGUACCUAAGAAAUUAUUAAACUAAAGGUGCUUGAGGGAGAAAUUAGAAUAUGUGACAUAUUUCCUUAUAAAUGUAAGCAAGCCCUUAAUAAGUGCUUUGAUGUAAUGUUUCUUUUGUUCACAGUAAUGUAGUGCUAGCCAGAUAUUUAAAAAUGCUCUAAGAAAAGCUUGUUGGGGGGAGGGGGAAAUGUUUUUCUUGUGAUAAAUGAACUUUGGUUUACCAAGGGUAUUUUGCAUGAUGCUGCUGCUAUUUUAACUUUUCAGUUCUUUUUUCUCUUACUGUAGAGUGUAGUCAUUGAAAAGUUAACUGAGUGAUAUUAUUGUUAUGUAAGAAUCUGAACCUUGCAGUGUAAAUGCACUUAAGUCAUCUUUUAAAAUGUUGUUAAACUACUCUGAAUAUACUGUGCAAUGUAAAUGCUGAAUGAUUGGGGUUAGAUAAAUGGUGAAAUGAGAAUUAAUGAAUUUUAUACAGAUUCGUGCUUUCGCCUGAUAACCUAUGUACAGAUAUUUUAAGUACAUAAAUCAGAUUUGACACAUUUAUUUUUUGAAAAGUACAUAUAUGUUCUCAAUGAAGAUUCAUCCUAGGUUUCCUCUUUGUUCGUUUCAAUGGUAGCACAUACAAUCCAAAAGUUCCUGCUACUGCUGCUUUUGCCCUUCCAUUUUAAAUGGUAUGAUCGUUUGACCAAAAUUUCCAUGCAAUUUGAUAAGGGUUUUACAAUAAUCUGAACAAAUAGGAAACCUUGAAUCUCUAUGUAUGCACAUGAAUACUUGAUUGUGAAUAAUAAAAGUUGUUUUUUAUACAGCCUCAUUGGUGAAAAUGGUUAGUGUAGUAAAUCAGAUAUUUCAUUAUAGACUAAUACGGUAGCAGAUUAUUUAUGCUUUUAAAAAUUAUUUUCUGGAGCAAACAGUAUUUGAAGAAAGGGUAAAAACUAUGAAUGUGUAAUUCUAAGAAUAGUUAAUAAUUUUACUGAAGGCUGAACGUAUGUAGAUAUUUUUUAUGAUAAAAUGCAGUUUUUCUUUUUUUGGAACAUGCCAAUUAAAGGUAUGUGUAUAUGCUGGAAAUUUUCUUACAUAUCCUUUUUAAGUCAAAGUUAUUAACAUUAUCCAGCAUGCUUUAAUAUGCUCCACAUAUCAAAGAUAUAACCAAUAAUUUAACGUAGUUUAAAAGAUAAUAUUUGUUUUGUUUUUAGCUUUGCAUACAUUUGUAAUUCCCUCUCACCACCAAUAUACCUUAGGUACCAUUUGUGUACAUUUCUUUAUUUAAGAUUUUUUUUUUCAAUAAAAAGGGGGGAGGGGGAAAUGGAAUCACUUUGCCAACUAUUGUUCUAAGAGUUGACAUCAGUUACCAUUUCUAAUGCAUUGUUGUGAUUUUGUAGUGUCAUUCAUAACUGGUAUUGAUAUUUUAGAAAACACCAAAGUGAUUUAAAAUAUAUGUGGAAAAAAACUUCUCACUCUAGUAACAAUGUUUAAAUCAUGUUGUUUGUUCAAUAUUUAAAAGUCAUUGUUCAAUUUUUGCUAGACUAUCUUAAAUCAUGAUACUGUUGGGAAGGGGGUAUCAAAAUAUAAAAUUGUUAGUUUGUGUAUAUAAACAAUGCACAUUAAAACAAUUGAAUUGCUUCCAGCAUACAACAAACUACCUUAAAAUUAUGUUCAAAAUCUAUUAAAUAUAUUUUCAUGGCUAAUGUCGAUUAUAUGUUUUCAUCAAUUACACUGUUACUGUAUUAAUCGCAGUUAAACUUGGCAUCUCUUGGCAGGAUCCUAUUUGAUUUCUUUUGCCAUCAAAAUAUAUUUAUAUGCAUGAGUUUUGCUAUAAACCUUUAUUUUCUGCUGUAGAGUUAUAUAUUAUUGACAAGUUGACAAAUACAAUUAUAAAUUGGGUAAGAACAAGCUGAUUAAAAAUUGUUCCCAUGACUAAUAUUAGUCUUCAUGCUUUUAGCAUACUUUUCUUUAAGACAGUAACACUCAUCCCAUCAAAUUAUUAUAUUACAUUUAGUAUUUUUCUGUGAGUUAUGUUGACAAGAACUUAAAUUAUAGCCUGUUAUUAAUAUUGAUUUCCAACGACUGAACAGUAUAAAAGAUCAAUAAAAAAAUUUAUACACUGCUUUUACUAUUUAAUUUUUGUUAUCCUCAUGUGGCUUAAUGUAGUUAGUCACUAAAACAGAAUUCAAGUAAGCUUGGCGAUGGUGUUGUGUAACAAGAAAGAAUUUUGCAUUAAUGAUUUCUUUAUAUUUUCCUCAUUUAAACAACCAGCAUUACUGCCAAACACCAACCGUGGUCCAUAUUUGUAACAGGUUUUUAACAUGACAUAGUUAGCAAGUUUGAUUGAAGAGAUUUUUAGGUCCUGGGCCUAUAAGAUUUUAGUAUGAUCUUUUUUCAUGUUUCUAAUGCUUGAGGCAUUACUGCUUAACUUGGGGGGAAAAAAAAACAGUGUUGCUGCCAUUUGUAAGUUUUCCUAUAAUAUUCCUUUUAUUAACUUUAAAACUGGCCUUAUGGGGUUCAAAUAGGCAGUAUCCCUUUUAAGUGACCUUUGCAACCCAAGUGUUACUUGCUUAUUUGAUGCUCUCUUGUAUUUUAAAUCUCAUUUAAAUCUCUGUCUGUGACCAACAAAGCUUAAAUUUUGUCUUAAUUUAAAACUCUGGAUCUAUUCCACUGAUCAUGUUAGACGUUAAAAUGUUUAAUGGUAUAGUCUGACCUAGUGAAACAAAAUGGAUGUUGUGACUUUUUUAAAAGAAUAGAAUGGAAUGACUAUUUCACUUGCCCAAAAUUUUAAAUAUUUUUUCAUCUAAACUUGUAUUGUUUCCCAUAGCAGAAUGUUAAUAUUCACAUUAUAUUUCUGUGAAGAGAAAACCAAUACAAUAUAUUGAGUGUUGAAAAAAUUCCAGAUUUUUAAAGAAUUAAACAACCCUUACCAAUAGUUUCAUCUACCUUAUUUCUAGUUCACACAGUUAUCUCAAAGAAAUUCCACUGAAACUAAUGGGAUACUGUCUUGUGUAGAUGCCAAUUCAGUUUAUAAUGUGACCUAGUCAAGCUGUCUUUUUGUUGUGUUGUGUGAGUGUCAGAUCAUGCUUUUAGGAAUACUUUUAUUAAAAUGGUGUGCAUUCAUGCAAAAGGCCAACUGGCUUUUGUGAACAAUAGAUUUUUUCUCCCCUUUAUUUUGUUCUCUUGACACUUUUGUGAAAAUUAUCUAGCCUGAUAAAAACAUUUUGUAAAAAUUUGUAUAAUACUGUUAUAAAAUAUUUAUAAUCCCAGAAAAUGUUGUGUUAAAUCUUGUGCAAAAACAGUAUAUUCAGAAUAAAAGUUUAUCAUUUAAAGUCA